CUUUCUCCACCUGUGAACAGAAUAUUACUUCUCGCCAGACGAGGUAGUCUAACAUUAUUGCAUGACCAUCGUCUUGCGUUUUUACAGCUAAGCCAACAAUUAUCUCACUAUCUUACUAUAGUGGGCCCGGUAACCCCUGUCCAGCGACUCGAAACCACAUCACCCAGGUGCACCUAAAACGCGGCCCUUCGGGCACUGCCAUCUAACCUGGGCAGUGCCUACCUCUUGCACGUGGAUUCCGUUCCUCCCCCGCCUUUGCUCAGACUCUGCUACUUUCGUCACAUGAUGCUCAGACAUUGGUUCAGUAUCUUUACCGUUCGCACCGUAAGGAGAAGAGGUGCUGCGGAAUCACCAUAUUAUAAGUGAAAGUAAAAAAAAAGAAGAAGAAAAACCGCCUUCAAAAACCCACGUGACUUGCUCUAGGUUGUGGAUCGUUUUCGUCGCUUUUUUUCACAUAAAGGUAGAGUGAAAUUGUCACCGUGUGAUGGAGGUUCCUUGGCAGUUCCAGUUCCGCAUCAUCGCCCUAGGAGACUCCACAGUUGGCAAGUCGUCGCUGCUGCGUCGGUACACUGAGGACCAGUUCACAACCACCUCAGACCCAACUGUUGGUGUGGACUUCUACACUCGUACGGUGACAAUGGAUCCAGAGCGAGGUGGCCCUGUCAUUAAACUGCAGCUGUGGGACACAGCUGGCCAAGAGAAGUUCAGAUGUAUUACCAAAUCUUAUUAUCGGAACUCGGUAGGUGGUCUUCUUGUCUUUGACUUGACAAGUCGUGCAUCCUUUGAACACAUCAAGGGGUGGUACACAGAGGUUGUGGAACAUGUGAUACCCAACAAAAUAAUUUUUCUUUUGAUUGGGCAUAAAAAUGACAGAAUAGAAGAACGCAAGGUUUCUCGUGAUGAAGCUGAGAAGCUGGCUCAUUCCCUGGGAUGUAAAUACAUGGAAACAUCUGCAAAAACUAACAGUAAUGUGGAGAGGGCUUUUGAGCUGUUGACUCGGUCAAUUUAUGAGUCUCUGAAAAUGGGAGAUAUUAUACUGAGGAGUGAUUGGGAUGGCGUAAAGGCAGGGUACAACACCAGGGCUCUUGAACCUGAAGAGACAGAAACAGAAGUAAAGAAAUGCCAGUGUUGAUGCGACAGCUACCUGUGUUUUCCACUGCCAAGCUCAUUUUGGAGACAUUUGCACUAAGACUGUAUCUUUGGUGUUCUUGUUUUAAUGUGUGCACUUUGCAGUAUGGUCUGUUCAACUGAGCCACAUGCAGAACAAACAUUCAGAACACAUUUGCUAUUCAAGCAUGGCUUUUCCCAUGCCAUCAUUUUGUUCAUAUGGACUCAACAUUGAUCUGUAUAUCUUAAGUCUCACUACAGAUCACAGGAAAUACUGGUGCUCACAGGUCACGAGUCUAUCAGAAUACUGAAUGUGUCAGAGAAGUAAUUUGCAGUUAGAAUAUGUGAUGUAUUGGCAUAUUUCAUGUCCUAAGUAUUGUUUGUAUUAAAUUAUUUUUUUUUUACAAAAGACUAUAGCAGAAUGUUUUCAGUUUCUCUCAGUUCCCAGUGGCCAGGCCAUAAAAUUUUUGUUUUGUUUUGUUUCUUCAUCCUGAUGAGAGAGUUUUAACAACUCCAGUAAUAACUUCCUCCUUGAAUCUUUUGACAUUCAUUUUCUUCAUCCCCUUUUUCUCCUCAUAUGACUGUCAAGUGAUAUGAAGAAAUUAUGUUCACAGUGUGUUUUAUGUGUGAUUGUGUGUGUGUGUGUGUGUGUGUGUGUGUGUGUGUGUGUGUGUGUGUGUGUGUGUGUGUAUGUACAUGUACAUGCAUGUACACGAAGGGGCCCUGAAGUAUAAUCCUGUACCAUAUUUAUUUUGUUUUAUUUUGAUGGGAUUUACAUAUGAGCAUGAUUUAUAUGUACAAUGCACUGUAUGUAAAACACAGUAAAUUCUACUCAACUGCUACUGUAAUGUAAGCAGAUGUUUCUUAUUUGCACAUUUCUUUAAUCACUUGCUCUUUUCUCAGAGGCACGUAUUUCUCACCUAAUCCAAAUUUUGCAGAAUGUUCUUGAUUUUGCCAAUUUUGCUCUG